AUAGUGCGUCUUUCAAGGCUUCUGAUUUUAAUGUAAGUUUUAACGACGUAUACCAGCCAGAGUGCUGCUUUGCUACAGUAGGAUGAAAAUCUAGUUUUCCUGGUGCACAUUGAACAUGACAAGGGGAUAAGGUGUAACUCUAUGCGUCUGUAGGCGCUUCUAUUUCAGAUUAACCAUAUCGACUUAGAUAUGGGUGGAAACACAAUCUGAUGAUAACACCGGGAUAUGAAAGUCGACAUUGUCAGACAACAACAUGCAGAUGGCUGAGAUAUUGCCGAUCAUGCAAAAGCUAGGCAACAUAUGAGCGCUGCCGGGAGAGACUGUCACCUUGCAGGACCAUAUUGUUGCCGAGUAGACUGAUCCAACACGGACUUCCAGCUCAGUACCUCUCAGCAGGAGUCUUAUAGGACGUAAUUCAUCGUCCUAACUUCCUUCCUCUGGCCAACACAUCUAGGAUCUCAGACUUAAUGAUGGUGUCGAAGGCCCGGGGCAUGCCUAUCUCAACAGUGUGAAAGUUACAGUUAAAAAAAAAACAAUAGCAACAAAAACUAAGGUUUGCUUGUAAAGAGAUAACAAUGAGGCAACAAAAAUGCGCCCUGCUCCUGCUGGUCAUGAUGGUUUUAAUAGCCACGAUUUACAUGAAAGAUCCUGUGGGUCUUUAUUAUAACUCACUGACACAGGAAACACUUGUCAGAGAUCUCCAGGAAAAAGUACAAGAUAAAGGCAAUGGCAGCGUUACAAAUAGAUCGAAAAAUACACCCAUGGAAAAGGCGCCUGAUGGGCAAAAAAGGAAGAAUCAUUCUUAUUACAAAUGGGUACCCGGGGAGUUAGCUGCUACGAAGAAGUUCAAGGCCGACCAGACAGCCGUGCAGUCCAUACCCACAGUUGCACCUGGGUGGGUCUACAACAAGACAGCUGCUGAUUUGUUUCGGAAACAGAUAAAACACGGCAAUCACAUUAAAAACGGAGAUUUUCUGACAACACAAGAAACUGCAACAUUGGACUUCAUAUUAAAGCGCUACCAGUCUGAAACAACGCUAAUGAACGUGUCUAGAGAAAUAUUACACCGAUUUCCUAAAGUUGGUUUUCAAGAAUCACUGUCACUUAUUAUAAUCUAAAGAAAAAUGAUGGACAGAUAUUUGACGAAUAGGAAAUAUUUUGAAUAUUUUUAAACAAUUUUACGGGAUUACAUAUAUCCACCAUUAUAUAAAAAUCGUCUAAGUAGAUGUUAAUUCUAUGACUUUGCUUUCUUAACACUACCUAGACAGGGGGGGGGGGGCUAAAAGUGCCCGCGCCAACUUUGAUGUUACAUUGCGUCUGAACGGCUAACGCUAGAACGGCCAAACUUUAA